AUGGCCCAGAGGGGACACCACCUGAUACUGCUGCUCGUCUGGCUGGCCACGUGGCUGACUCUGGCCAGGGGGGAGACGCGCUAUGAGAAGUUCUUGAGGCAGCACGUCGAUUACCCAAAGAGCAGUGCCCCGGACUCCAGGACCUACUGCAACCAGAUGAUGCAGCGCCGGGGCAUGACCUCAGCGGUCUGCAAGUUCACCAACACCUUCGUCCAUGCCAGUGCUGCCACCAUCACCACUGUCUGCGGCGCUGGGGGGACCCCGGCGAGUGGGGACCUGCGAGACAGCAAAGCCUCUUUCGCCCUCACCACCUGCCGGCUGCAGGGGGGAUCACAGACACCGCCCUGCAACUACAAUGCAGACACCAGCACCCAACGCAUCCGCAUCGCCUGUGUGGGGGGGGUCCCUGUGCACUACGACAAAUCAAUAUAG